CGACUAGCCACCGCGUGUGCAACUUCGCUCCCUCUUUAUCGCAUUGUUUUGCCUUUACCCUUCGUCGCCCCGCUCAAUCCACCCCCUUCUCGCGCGACGUUACGCGUACACAACGGGCCGAUCGGCGUUCUCGCGACGAUCGUCGUCUACAACGCGCGAUAACGGGUGUCCGUUGCGAGAUCAAGGAUCGUCGAUCACGUGUGACGUCCCGCGAUCGUGGAAGUUUGAAACUCGUACACGUACACACGAGAGAACGACAGCUGGUAACCGGUAAAGAAAUCCUGGUGGAGGACCAUCGGAAUGGGUAUGGUCGUCGAGAUGCAGAGGAAGAUAUUUCCUCCGAGACAAGUCUGGAGAACGAUCCAGCGACGAUCGGAUGUGUAACGAGGCGCUAUCGUCGAGGAUAACAACCAGGCAGCUCCGGCUGUCCCCGUGCAAAAAGGGAUUCUUCAUUGGGCGAUCGACACGAGGUUCCAUGAAGACACCACCCCUCAGCGACCAUGAAGACUGAUCGCCUGCCAAUAAUUGCCAAGCUCUGUGCACUGCUGACGCUGUUCGGUCCGCCUCGCGAUGCCCGAGCACUCGAUAUACGAUCAUGCAACCAAUCGUUGGGGAUGGAGUCUGGUCGCAUACCGGAUUCAGCCAUCACGGCGUCCUCGUCGUAUGUGGCGAACGUGGGUCCACGGAAUGCCAGAUUGCGGAAGGAGAGAGCCGGUGGUGGCUGGUGCCCGAAGAGCCAGGUAGAGAGAGGGGUUCGCGAGUGGCUCCAAGUGGAUCUGCCAGGACCUCACGUGAUCACCGGUGUACAGAGUCAGGGUCGUUACGAUCACGGCCGUGGCCUGGAAUACGUCGAGAAGUACACCCUCGAGUAUCGACGUCCUGGGUUCACCGAGUGGCGGCGAUAUAAGCGCUGGGAUAACAAGGAGGUUUUGGUGGGUAACAACGACACCGCCACCGUGGUGUCCCAUGAAUUAGUGCCGCCGAUCUUCGCCAGUCAGAUUCGCAUUUUGCCCUACUCCGAGCACAGGCGGACCGUGUGCCUUCGAAUCGAGCUGAGAGGUUGUCAGGACAAUGGUGGUGUUGUGAGAUACACCGUGCCGGAGUCCCCUACCCCAGAGCUCAGCGACAUUUCGUACGACGGCAAAAGGCAGGACAACUUGUUGACCGAUGGUUUGGGCUGCCUGGUCGAUGGAGAGGUGGGCGCGGAUAAUUACAAGCUGGACAUGGGGAAUGGAAGAGGCACAGGUUGGGUCGCGUGGAUGUGCGACAGCCUCGACGACGACUACGUGGAGCUCGUUUUCGAGUUCGAGGUAACCUGGAUCUUCAAGGCGGUGCACAUCUAUACCAAUAAUUAUUUCUCCCGCGAUGUGCAGGUAUUCUCCAAGGCGGAAGUCUGGUUCAGCCCCGAUGGCGUCACCUACGAGGAGGAACCACUGUCCUAUUCCUACAUACCAGACCUCGCCCUGGAGAACGCACGAAACGUCUCCAUAAGUUUACACGACCGCUACGGGAAAUUUCUAAAGAUUCACCUGUACUUCGCCGCCCGAUGGAUCAUAAUCAGCGAGGUGACAUUCGACGGAAUCAAUCCCUAUGAAAACACCACCGAGGAGUCGUCGUCCGAGAUCAGUAACCGAGGAAUCCCAAUGAACCCCGAGGUGGAUCUUAACUUGCAAACAAUUACAGCGGCUGGAGAGGGUCAGGAAUAUUUAGAGGUACUAAUAGGUGUUCUGACUGCCAUUAUCCUACUUCUUCUGCUGGUGUUCGUCAUUAUUCUACUUCUGAAUCGACGGCAAAAACUUCAGAGCUCGCCGACCGUGUUGAAAAAUCCAUUUGGAUUUGCCAUAAACAUGAAGGGCCUCCUACUGAAUUUAACCCCUGGUGGGAUGCUGACGGAGACUGCCAAUCACGUUUCACCGGACAUGCCAGAGGACGGGAGCAUGCACGAAUCUUUAACAAUGGAACAAUUCAAUUCACCCCUUGUCAGCCCGCAGUAUAAAUCUACGUACGCAAUAGUCGCCACUUCCGAAUCCCCGAAAGAUUUAAAGGACGUCUCCGAGGAGAGCGUCCGACUCGACACGAGGCCAGAAUCCACCAUAGGACCGCCUAGUUGCGCCUCGUCGCCUACCAACUCCCCCGCACGUCAUUCUCAACACUACAGGACCCUUCAAAGUUACACCAGUCCAACUGCGAAACUCAAUAUCGCGGCUACGUCUAAUCACCAACGGGACGUCGAUCAGAUCCACUCGAAACGCUGGCACACAGCGCCUAAGGAGAAACACAAGAUACCCGCACCAGUCGUCAGUUGGAACAUCGCGCCCAGCAUGAACAAACCGUAUAAGUGCAAGGAAAUAGAGCCCACCAAUAUACCACGACAGUGCCUGCGUACGACAGAGAAACUUGGCUCGAGGAGCAUCGGCGAGGCGAUAGUCUGCGAAACCGUCGGAUUGGAGGAGACCGUGCACGACGCCCCCAGAUUGGUCGUGGCUCGCGUGCCAGCUUGCACCAGCGACAUACGAGCGGGCAGUGGGACGGAUCAGAUGCGGGAGGUUCGAUUUCUGUCGUGUCUGUCCGAUCCAAACGUGGCCAGGGUCUUGGGAGUGUGCGCGGUGGAGCCGGUGCCGUGGACGAUCAUCGAGUACACGGAACUCGGUGAUCUAGCCCAUUAUCUUCAGUACAGUGUGCCACUUACGGGAACGCUUAGGCCAAGCUGCAAUUUGAAAGCCCUUAGUCAAAGCUGCCUGUUGUACAUGGGGACGCAGAUAGCAUCGGGCAUGAGGUUCCUCGAGUCGAAGAAUCUGGUACACAAGGACCUGGCAGCCAGAAACUGUCUAGUGGGACGCUCUUACACCGUGAAAGUGACCGACAUAGCGAUGUGCAGUGACCUUUACAAGAAGGAUUACAGUGACAUAGGCGGCAGACCGCCGGCGCCGAUCAGAUGGUUACCGUGGGAAAGCAUUCUGCUGGACAGGUACACUUGCUCGAGCAGCGUUUGGUCCUUCGCUGUCACGCUCUGGGAGGUGAUGAGCCUGGCCAGGGAGAAACCGUUCCAACAUCUGACCAACGAUCAAGUCAUACAGAACGCUGAGCACAUGUACUACGGAGCCGAGCUGCAGAUCUACCUGCCGCGACCGACGAUGUGCCCCGAGGAGGUGUACAGGAUGAUGUGCUCGUGCUGGCGAAGGGACGAGACCUCGAGACCCACGUUCAAAGACAUUUACACGUUUCUGAAAAACAUGAUCACGGACUACCGACCCGGUGCAUAAACAAUCCCAGUUAACUGUGAUAAUAACGAACGGAGUAUCUCCUUUUAGCUGACGCCGAACGUCGAAGAAGUCGAACCGAUCCCCCGAGUCGAACUCUUCCCAAGUGUACAAUCUUUUAGUGUGCAUGCGUUUUGAGAGCAUCGAUCCGCUUCCAUGAUCGAGAAGAAUGUGUCGACAGUCCUAGGCGACGAUGACAGAAAUUUCGCUCUUGGUUUCUGCCACUGAUACGUCGUCCAGGAAGAACAAGGGCAGACACCGUGCCGGAGAGUGCGAGUAAUCGUCGCCUCCGAUGUUUUCUAGUCAGUUCGGUCCUUCGUAUUCCUACGAGAAGUGCUAUCGUGUAUGUACAUACAGUAUUCUGGAGACUGGCGACGCGUACGCUACGAUGCUAAGCACCAAUAAGUCUAUCCACUUGUACAUACGAAUCUAGAUAUCGACGCUAGGCAAACGCAGGGAACUUCUCGCGACGGCUGGUGCCUCGAAAGGGGGCUCGAUCGUUCCUACCGAUUUCAGAACGAAACGAGAUCACACACUCGCCUCGUCGAGUCGAUCCAUGCUCGAUGCGUUGGAUCGUGUCGCGUAAAGUUGCUACUUGUGUAGAGAGAAAUAUUCAUUUUGUUUACCUGGCAAGGUGUUGGAUUUAACUGGUAACAUUAGGCUGUUGAUAUUAUGUUAGACGAAACUGUGAAAACUUUGUUGACGAAUAUAGACAUUGUAUUAAUUAAGCUUUCGAUUGAUAGCAAUUUUUUUUUAAAAAUGCAGUCCUAUGCAAAUAUAAAUGAAAACUUGAACUGCCUUCGUAUCCGAAACCGAAACUGAAUAAUUCAGAUACAAAAUUAAAUAAAACACCCUUGUCAAGUAAACAGUGCCAAUACACUGCACAACCUAGAACCCGAAGCACAAGCAAUCCUUAAUUGAAGAAAAUUUGGCGACUUCGCGCGGUACCAACCAACGACUCGUGUGACGUCGAAUCGAAUGACGUUUCCGGUUGAUUUUCGGAUUAGUUUCGUUAAUAUGCGUUCGAUCGAUUCGAUGGAAUCGAAUUCUCGAGGUGAAACGCCCGAGGUUCCUAUAAGCGAUCGCGGGACGACUCUAGAUGAAAAUUACGUCUCACUUGUGUACAUUCGAAGGUAGCAAAGUACUUAUAUCGUUCCAUUGUAUUCCUUUCCGUUCGAGAAAAAAAAAAGUAAAUAAGAAUGAAGAGAUCUCACUAUCUUUAGCGGGCGGUAGACACUCGAGACCCGACUGUAAGCCUGUUCUUCGCGGGAACGCGACGCAUAUCCACGCUCCUUCUUUGAUCUACGAUUAAGGGCAGAUGUCAGCAUUGGGCAGAUUUUCGACCUAAUGAUCGACGAUGGCGAUUGAAACGGUUAAUCGUUGGUUGUCGUGCGCGAUUGACAAAUGGAGUGGUGGUUAAACGAUGGUUUAAGUAAUCGUUAUUCGCUGUGGCCCAUUUCUGAUUGGGUUAAUGAUUAAUCUUCAAUGACUAUUAAUGUUGACGUUGGUCGAUUGAUUUUAAAUUAGAGUUUCAUGCAAUAUUGUUUUAUAAUGAAAUGUAUAACCACGAUGCUGUUUGUAAACAGUGGACUGAAAUAGAAUUAAUCUAUUUCCAAGUAUAGUAGGGAAAUAAUGAUAGAGAAAGAUAUAAAUAAUGACGACUGAAAAGUACAAAAAUCGUGAUAUUCGGACCUCGAUUAUUUAUAAUAGUUUAACCAUUAAUUCUUCUGUCAAUCGUCAAUUGUCUUCGACACCUAAAACAUCGUUAAACCUUUUCAGACCAAAUGUACCACAUUUCAAAGCCGCGCAAAACUCAUACCAUAGCAAACAACAGACGACUGUAAUACUUCUGUCCAUUUUUGUACUUUCGCUCACUAAAAUGCACAUAACGUGGCAUCGAGUGAGAUAACUGCAAUCAAAAACCCGGCCAUAAGACAAAUAGAAAACAACCGACGAAUAUUUGAAUGUACGAUGAAAGAAUACAUUAAUACAUUUGCAUGUAUAUUAAUAUUAAUGUAUUCUUUCAUCGUGUAUUCAAAUAUUUGUCUAUUGUUUCUCACGUGUGCACAUUUCUUCGUAAGCUACAAUUUGUAAAAAAUGUAAUCAACGCGAGGAGUGUCUUUUAUUUUGUUUCAAACUCGUUGACGCGCAAAAUGUCGCAGACCAAACUAAAAAUAAAAUAUACACUUGUCGAUUUAAUCAAUUUUACGUACAUAGGUCUGAAGGGGUUGAUCGAUUUGUUGACUCGACGAAAUUAGUCGAUCGAUCGACCAACUCUGGCGAGGAUUCGCGGGAACGUAGCGACUGUUAUGCUUCGUGAGAAAUCGAUACACACGUUUUAGGCUGGCGCCUUGCUCGAAUUUUUCGAACCGCGAACGAACGUUUGAACGCGACAAUGCAAACCAACUUUUGUCGAUUCGACGCCAUUAGGGACGAUGGACCGCUGCUGGUCGUGAGGAAAAGAGAAAAAAAAAAGGGAAAACGAGUUUAGAGUUCGCUCUUGGUUAAGUGCCAAAACAGAGUCAGGCGUUCAAACGUUCCCCUCUGCACGCACCUUUCUGUAAUUCUUAAGAUGGAUUCAAGUAUACGUUCAAAUGAUUAACAAUAAAGUACCGAGUAUUCCUUUCUGA